ACUGUCUGAAUCUAGCGAGCUCUUCUGUCGAUGAGAGAACCAGAAGGGGGUGCCUCUGUACGGAGGGAAGCGAUUUCAAUUUCAAACAAAAACACGGACAUAGCGAGGAGAGUGGAAAGACCUCCGGACCUAGCAAUUACAACUUACAAGUAAACUCAUACACAACCGAGAGCUGUCACAUUAGCCAGACAGCCACCUUGUCAACUUUGCAAGUAGUCGUGCAGCGCAGAAAGUUUGCACCUAGCUAGCUAAUUACCGUCUACGUUUUCUCUUUGAUAACGUGUUUAAAAUUACUUUAAUUGACAAAGCAUCAGCUAGUCUGGGUUAUUUUCCACCAUCAGCAUCCGAAUAUCAACAGAAAAUAUACUAACUUUUAAUUUUAUUUGUUUAAAUAUUGGGAGAAGACACCAUGCCCAGGCCGAAUAGGCAAAGAGAAUACAAGCCUGGAGAUCUCGUGUUUGCAAAAAUGAAGGGCUAUCCGCAUUGGCCAGCAAGGAUCGACGAGUUGCCCGAAGGUGCAGUCAAGUCAGCCUCCAACAAGUAUCAAGUGUUUUUCUUUGGGACCCAUGAGACUGCAUUCCUGGGCCCUAAAGAUUUGUUCCCAUAUGAAGAGUGCAAGGAGAAGUUUGGGAAGCCUACAAAGAGGAAAGGCUUCAGCGACGGCCUAUGGGAGAUUGAGAAUAACCCCACAGUGAAGGCUGGAGGAUAUGAGGAAGCGAAAAAGGAGCCCACAGCAGAAGGAGAGGGGGAAUCUGCAGAAGGCGCAGGAGAACAAGGAGGGAGCAGUGAUGAAGAUGAGGGCAAUCUGGUGAUCGACGAGAAGAACGAGAAAGGGGGGACCAAGCGGAAAGCCAAGGACUCACAUGAGGCAUCCUCAAAAAGACCCAAGGAUCAUGAGAGGGAGGUGCAGGCUGAGAAUGCAGACAACAAAACAUCUGAUGCAUCUGAUGCUGAGGGAGUAGGUGGUGACCACACAAAUCUUAAAGCCAAUAAUAAUGUGGGGGUGGGGUCUGCAGUUCAGGAGGCCCCUCCCAAGACAGCAGCUCCACCAAGUGGUGGUGAAUCAGUGCCAGAGGAUCAGUUGACAGCAGAAAAGGUAAGGCAAUGACAGGCAGUGCUUAAAGCCAGUGGUUCUGAGCCCAUCUUGAACUACCUACACAUUGAAGGAAGAAGUAGCAGAAUUAUAGAGAUCUGCAGUUUAAAUAAUCUGGAAGCAUUUAAAAUUAAAGACAUUGAGGUUUUUUUGCAUGCUGCUGUUGGGUAACGUGGGUCUGAGGUAGAAUUACGUUUGAGCAGUCUGAAUCAUACACUGAUGAUAAUUUUUGUAGUCUUUUUGCAAAAGGUUGUUUAAGUGCAAUUACAGAUUUUGGCCACUACAGACCCAUCACA